AUGACAGUUCCCUGGCAUCAGGUCGUGCAGAGCACAAUACAGGAUCUUAGCCGGAAAGGUUUCAGUUCCCUCCGCAAAUCAAAAAUUGGGCAGACGGACGCAGACGACAAUCCAAGUACCGCACCUCUGGUCCCUCCACGUUCAAAUGCCUCUCCGUCGCAGCCACAGGGGGGACAGAUGCCCCGAUCUUCUCCUACACACCUCACUAAAACCAUAGGAGCCUUCCUUGGUGCGCACGAUAAUGCCGCAUGCGCCCCGAUACAUAUCAGUGAUGACGAGACAGAGACAACGGCUGAGAAAAGACAGGCGGUAAUAUCGCGUCCCUCUUCUACACAGUACGCCUUCACGUCUCCCAAGGAAUGCAAGGCUCCGACUAAGCAAUUCACUUCCAGAUCCAGCGGCACCACUCUGCGACAAAGAACUUCAUGGUCAGGAUUAAGAGACGAGGACAGGUCCACGGGAGGACUGUUGAGACGGCACCCUGACGCCGUUCGCGUCGAAGGUUCAAUGAAGAAACCCUUCAAGACUCCUUCGGGGCCGUACAAACCAUGCAAUACUCUGAACGGGAGGUCCGCUUAUCUCCAAGAGAGGACAUCUCAGGCUCGAACCCCUACAAACGGUUCAAGUUCGAAUUUGCUUCCCAAGAACGACAUCCAUGCGAAUGAUCAUGGUACCCCUAAUAAGAGGCGCAAGAUCGGAGAUUGGCCAGGACCUGGGUUGCCUCCUGCCUCAGCUAUCCCCGUCGAUGACAGCCAGCACCAGAAUGACUCUGAAGAUGAACUUGCUCUGGACACGAAAUCAAACGAUCGCAAGGCGUCCGGACAGCCCCAACGACCACGCCACUUGAAUGAUGGAGGAAAUAGCGUGCCCAGUUUAAGAAGUCGAAAUAUAGUCGGCGAUACCCAGGUCUACAAAACCGAUCGUUCAUCUCCCGAAGAUGAAAGCGCUUUCACGAAAGCCUCCGCACAGCAAAGAAAGGCAGAGAAGGAUAAGAUACUUGAAAGUUCUCCCGAUGUCCCGAAACAGCCUCAGACUUCGCCAUACUUUAAGUACCGACCAACCAGAACCGACAGCAAUCGACAUGAGGAAUACUCCAAGAGGGCCCAAACGGCGGAAAGUCCAGAUGCGCUGCAGAGGAGUGAUUCUCAGCUUGCUUCAGAGAGACACAUGACGCGCGCCGCACCCUAUCCGGAAAUGAGAACAAAGGAUCUCGGAAAUCUGAUUAUAGGGGAAAAGUCCAGCUCUGCGGUUAAGAAGCGGUCAACCAAACCCGUAAAGGAACCCGUAAAGGAACCAGCCAAGAAGAUGUCCUUUAUCCUCAGGGAAAUUGUGUACAGAGAUCUGCUCGAUGUUUCAGGGUACAUAAUUGACGUCGAUAUGUCGGGCAAAGAGGUCGCAGUCAAUGUGAAGGAUCCGCUGUUAGGCAACGAACCUGUUUCCUUGCCACGUGGGAUCAACCAAAUUUACAAGCUUAGACUUGGAGACGAGUCCUCCUCGUUAUUGAGCCUGCACUUUCGAACUACGGGGGAGGAAGAAACGAUGUGGCUGAAGUUUGAAUCACGCGCUAUGGCCCUCGAUUUCAUUGAAAUGUUGAAGAUGAUAGAGAAGACGCUGAAAGUCAAGUAUAAGGGGAAGGACUGGAUGGAGCAGGCUUUCUCAAACGCCAAAAAUGUGACUUCCAGACAAAAGGAGCGGCCCCCAGUAAAGACGGAAGCGAUGGGAACCUCUACCAUAAGACCAGAACCUACGUCGACGACAGAUACUAAGUCGACAGCAGAAACACACGCCAGCCGGCGACGUGACAGGCUGGUCGACAGAUUGGAUGCACCUGCAGAGGCUUUCAGUCAGUCCCCCGUGACAUCAGAUGCUGAAAGACUUGCUCGUGAAUAUGCUCCCUCCCCUCAGCCGACAGGCCACUCACCCACUAUGCCGCACCAAGUUGCUCGCUCAGGCGCCGACAAGGAACAAUUGAGCACUGCACAGGAGCAGACCGAAAGCCCUCCAAAGGUCAAGGCAUCACAAACUGGAAUUCUAGGCAUUCCCUGGACUAAGGACCUUGUUUACCCGCAACCCGGCCGAAAAGCUGCAAUUGUGCCAUUCGAAGAUCUGAAACGACUGGAUGAUGAUGAAUUCCUGAACGAUAACCUGAUCACUUUCUUUAUGAGGUAUUUGGAAACGCACAUGGAGAAGAGCAAUCCCGAAGUGCACAAGAGGAUGCAUUUCUUCAACACCUAUUUCUAUGAAGCCCUUUCCAAAACGAAAGGUAAGAGAGGUAUCAACUAUGAUGCUGUCAGUCGAUGGACCAAAAACAUCAAUCUCUUUAGCCGCGAUUUCAUAGUUGUGCCAGUCAACGAGAAUUAUCACUGGUACCUCGCCAUAAUUUGCAACCUUCCAUACUUCCUUGGGCAACGGGCAAUGAAGAGCGGUUGGUCCGAGGAGUUGCAGUCGAGUGCCCAACAGAGUGAAGAGAGCGGGCAGGACAUCCAUCUGCCAACAGACGAGACUCAAAGAACAUUGGCCGACCUUUCACUCAGUGACGAUGAGAGGAACGGUCAAGUCGAGACGAAGACGAAACCUGGACGACGGAAAGCUGUUCGCAGAUCUCUUCCGAAGUACGACGUAACCAAGCCUGUCAUCAUCACUUUGGAUUCUCUCGGCCUAUCGCGAUCAGCGACAUGUUCACAGCUCAAACAAUACAUCGUGUCAGAAGCCCGAGAUAAGCGAGACCAGGAUAUUGACGUGACUGAACUCAAGGGAAUGACGGCCAAGGAAAUCCCGACUCAGAGCAAUUUCAGCGAUUGCGGGCUGUAUCUGUGUGUAUACCUGGAGCAAUUUGUCGCUGAUCCGUACAAUUUCGUACGCCGAAUCCUUCAGCGGGAAGAAAAUGCACAAAAAUGGCCGCGCAAAAUUCAUAGCCAAGAUCUACGAUCAAGACUUCGUCAACUGAUUUUGGAGAUGCACCGACGUCAAGAAAAAGAGCCCUCGCAGAUGGAAGAGCCUGCUAUUGGCAGCAUCUUGAUCAAUAUGAGGGAGGUAUCUCGUUCGCCGUCGGAACGUCAGAGGCCACUCACGAAGCAAGACAUCCAAGAAGCGCAGAAGAGGUUCGAUAGCAUUACACGCAGCCAGCCUUCUGCAUCAAAAAGUGAAUAUCGUGAUUCAUCUCCAGAUCUUGGUUCCAAUCCCGCGAUAACAGAGAAUGUUGUCACCAGGGUCUCGGAGGCUCCAGAAGGCUCAGACGACGAGAAGAGGGAUGAAGAUGUAACCUACGGCCAAACGUCGGUAGCUCCAACAGACCAGAUGUUGGAUUCCAGGCCCACGCGGUACUCGGACGCCAGGCACUCUCGUCAGGAUGUACAGUUCUCUGCAGUUUCUGCAGCAAAGGAUGUUCAUCCAGCACCGAAGUCCAACUCGGUUCUGCACACGGCGCCCAGGGAGCAGGCGGCUCAUACCACUCGUCGAAACGCCGAACACCCCUCGGAGAAAAAGAGGAGGCUAAACAGUGCAGCUGAUGUGGAAUUGAGGCACAGGUCCCGAUCUUCAAGUCGAGCGACCGAACUGACAGACUUCCUUUCUGGGCCCACUAGAAUGAGUUUUCUCCUCCCUGGCAUACAGGAUUACGCUGCACGAGCCUCUGCUUCCUCGUCUCCUGGCGCAGAUGCCGGCACUGCUACUGCCGAAAAGACCAAGAUAAGGAACAGGGACAGAGGUGGAGCGAGCAAUUCCUCGAGUCCUGAUCCAGAAGUCAUUGCUGAGAGGGAAGUCGACCGAGAGAUCAACAAUUUGAAAAAGCGGAAGCGACCAUCCGGGAAAUCAACGGCGCUGACUUCUGCGACCGAGGAUGAGGACCAAGGCAGGGAAGUCCAUCAAACUCGGAGAAGUCGAUUCUCAUCCACAGAUAGAGAGACAGGGGCCAGACGAGCAAACGGGAGGGCAGGAAGAUAUGAUGGGGACAAUGAGGAGAUGCUUUUCAAGAUGUGA